AGUCUUCCGCAGCAUCAUGGAUGCCCUACAUUUUGUCCCAUCGGUAGACCUCUUUGCGUCUCGCCUGAAUACACAACUAGAAACGUUCGUUUCAUGGCAGCCAGACCCCAUGGCUUGGAGGGUCAAUGCUCUUCUUCUAAACUGGAAGGAUGUAAACGGCUACGCUUUUCCUCCGUUUUCACUUCUUCUGAGAAUCCUUCAAAAGAUCCGCAGAGAGGAAGCUACAGUUGUUCUUGUCGCUCCAGUAUGGAAGACUCAAGCUUGGUACCCCAUGCUGCUGGAACUAGCAAUAGACGUGCCACUGCUCCUCCCACGGAGAACAGAUCUCCUUCAGCUUCCCCACAAUCGGUCACAAGUUCAUCCACUGAUAGGCCACCUCCAACUGGCCGCAUGGAAGUUAUCAGGGCAAAUCUCUCUUCAGAGGGACUUUCACAGACGGUGUCAGCCACAAUCCUUGCUUCUUGGAGACCACAGUCCAAUGCCCAGUAUAACUCAGCAUGGAGAAGGUGGGCAAGCUGGUGUUUACAGAGGAAACUUGAUCCAGUUCACACCCCUGUAGCUGAUUUCUUAGAGUUUCUUCAGCAGUUGUUUGACGAAGGUCUGUCCUACAGAACCAUUAAUGGCUAUCGUUCUGCGAUUUCAUCAGCUCACUGCUUAAUUGAUAAUUUGCCUAUGGGUCAACAUCGUUUAGUGAAACGUUUCUUUAAAGGUAUUUUUGGACUUCGCCCUCCAAGACCGAAGUACAACAGCACAUGGGACGUUGGGAAGGUCCUUGGAUUCAUCAAGUCUCUCCCCGACAAUCGCCGUUUGUCCUUGAGGCAGUUAACCCUCAAGUUAGCCAUGCUGCUUGCACUUGUAACUGCCAGUCGCCGAGCUUCCUUGACAGCUAUUGAUGUCGAUAACAUGACUCGAUCAUCUGAUGGAAAAUACCGUUUUCUCCUUGUCAAGCCAUCGAAGUGUGUUUCUGUCAGUAAGCCCUUCCAUCAAAUUGAGAUUUCCAAGUUCCAGCCGGUCAGAAAUCUCUGCCCAGUUCGUUCUUUAGAAGAGUAUCUUCAGAGAACCCAACAUCACAGAGGUACUGGUUCUUCUAGGAUGACCCAGCUUUUCCUCUCCCAUUCAAAGCCAUUCCAUCCAGUGGUCCCCUCAACAAUUUCUAGAUGGUUGAAAGACUUAAUGUCUCAGUCUGGCAUUGAUACAUCACAGUUUCAGGCCCACUCAACAAGAAGUGCAAGUACUUCAGCCGCAGCUCGAGCUGGGGUCUCCACAAGUGAAAUUUUAAAAACAGCAGACUGGUCAUCAGCCUCUACCUUUGCCAAUUUCUACCACAGACACCUCCCUCUGUCAGACUUUGGAGGUGCUGUGCUGUCAUCGGCAACACAACAGCUUUAAAGUCUACAGGAUAACCCGCCCGAGUAAUUCUGGUUGGUUUCCGAUGAGGUUUACCUUACUACCGUUACCUUACUACUAGCUUCAAAAAGACACAGAUACCCUGGGAGAACGCAGCUUCACUACCACGCCGGGGAAGGGCCUUUUGUUAUGCUAAUGAG